CAGCAGUGCAGAGCGGGGCUGUGAGAAGUGGGCUUGGCUGCAGGGGACGGACGGUGGGGGCACAGGGUGUGCAGUGCCAUGUCUGCGAGAGAGGGCUGCAGCCACCCAUGAUGAAGAGCACCCGGACCCCCAGCUUCACCCCACAGCCCCCCCAGACCCACUCCUGCUGCACCACCCAGCUGGGGGGAUCAAUGCGGGGCACCCUGUGAGCAGGAGCUGCACAUCACCCAUCGGGACCCACAGCCUCCGGGCCCCCACCUUCCCUUUCCACGGCAAUCAGCCCAUGUGGGCUGGGGGAUACAAAGCAGCGCAGCUGACAUUGUGCUACCCAUGAGGAUGGCAGCAGCAAGCUGGUACCACCGGGACAUCAGCAGGGUGGUGGCCGAGGAGCUGCUGGCCAAGGCUGGGCGGGAUGGCUGCUUCCUGGUGCGGGACAGUGAGUCCAUCGCAGGGGCGUACGCCCUGUGCCUCCUGUUCCAGCGGCACGUCCACACCUACCGCAUCCUGCCCAACGAUGAGGGGCUGCUCUCCGUCCAGACCAUACAGGGUAUCCAGGCCAAGUACUUCCGCAGCCUCCCUGAGCUGAUCAGCGCCUACCAGCAGCCCAACAAUGGGUUGGUGACACCGCUGCUCUACCCUGUGCACCAGCUCCGGGAAGCAGCUGAUGAGGACUCUGAUGGAGAAGAUGGAAGAGGUGGCCAUGUUGGCAGCAUGGUGCCCACCAGGGUUAAUGCAGAGAGCACAGGGCCUGGUGCUCCCCCCACCCGUCCCCACAUCUCACAGCAGCUGCAGCUGAGGCUUCAGGAGCAGAUCCACAGCAGCCCAUCCAGUGACUUCAUGGGCUUCAUGGCUGACUACCUGACACAGCACCUACCACUGGACCUGGCUGCACUGCACAGUGGGCACCCGCAUCUGCGCCAUCUCAGUGCUGCUCUCGUCACCGCCUGCCGGGGGCUGCACAGUGAGAUCGACUUCACGCUGGCGGGGCUGGAGACUCUGGCCAGAGUGUUCGAGCCUCCUGUGUCCCCACGCAGUCUGGCCAGAGAGCAGGGUUUCCUGGCCAGCAAUCCUGACCUGGAGCUGCUCCUCAGCAAGAUCUCAGCUGUCAACCACCUGCUCUCAUCACUGGAGAAGAAGGUCCUCGUGUCACUGCAGGACACGGUGUCACGACACAACCUGGCACUGCCCAGCCCUGCAGCCCUGCCUCCAGACACCAAGCCCAUGGCCACGCAGUGCUUCGAGGUGAAGGUGGGCAAGUCGCAGCGCGCAGCCCUGACUGUGGAUGUGGAGGAGGGCACAGUGAGCAUCACCAAGAGGGGCAGUGGGUCCCCAGAGGAGGUCAUCCCGCAGGACAAAAUCCUGCAGCUAAUCAAGUACCAGAGCGUGCAGAGCAAGGUGAGGCUGGUAUACAAUCGUGACCUGCAGAGGAGCCUGAGCAAGGACUUCAUCUUUCCCAGUGCAAAGAAGCGAGAAGCCUUCUGCCAGCUGCUGCAGCUGAUGAAGAUCCAACACUCCAACCUGGAUGAACCUGACCUCAUCUCGGUUUAUGUCGGGACGUGGAACAUGGGCAGCACACCACCACCCCGCUCCCUGGCGUCCUGGCUGACCUCGAGGGGCCUGGGACACACACAGGACGAGACCACUGCCUGCAUCCCACACGACAUCUACGUCAUCGGCACACAGGAGAACUCCCUGGGUGACCGCGAGUGGGUCGAGUUCCUGCGCGCGUCCCUGAAGACGCUGAUGGCCAUCGACUACCGAGUGGUGGCCCUGCAGUGCCUCUGGAGCAUCAAGAUGGUGGUGCUGGUGAAGCCAGAGCACGAGCGGCGCAUCAGCCACGUCCACACCUCCAGCGUCAAAACAGGGAUUGCCAACACUCUGGGGAACAAGGGGGCUGUGGGUGUCUCCUUUCUUUUCAACGGGACUUCCUUCGGUUUUGUCAACUGCCAUUUGGCCUCGGGCAGCGAGAAGACCCACAGGCGGAACCAGAACUACAGUGACAUCCUGCGCUCGCUGGCACUGGGCGACAAACGGCUCAGCGCCUUCGACCUCACGCUGCGCUUCACCCACCUCUUCUGGUUCGGGGACCUCAACUACCGCCUGGAUAUGGAUGUGCAGGACGUCCUGACCCAUGUCACUAAGAAGGAGUUUGACAUCCUCCUAGCCAUGGACCAACUCAACAUGGAGCGGGAGAAGAACAAGGUGUUCCUGCAGUUCCGAGAGGGUGACAUCUCCUUCCCACCCACCUACCGGUAUGAGCGGGGCUCCCGGGACAACUACAUGUGGCAGAAGUUCAAGACCACAGGGAUGAGGAUCAAUGUCCCCUCAUGGUGUGACCGCAUCCUCUGGAAGUCUCUCCCAGAGACCCACCUGGUCUGCAGCUCCUAUGGCUGCACUGAUGACAUCGUCACCAGUGACCACUCGCCCGUCUUUGCCACCUUUGAGGUGGGUGUGACAUCGCAGUUUGUGCCUAAGAAGGCUCCUGGCACUGGCCCCGAGCCCCUGGCCUGCAUCGAGUGGGACAGCAUCGAGGUGAUCGUCAAAACUGCCAGCCGCAGCAAGUGCUACAUCGAGUUCCACUCCUACUGCCUGGAGGAGGCACAGCGCAGUGGGGAGAACACCUCGCAGAACUGCGACGUCCCCGGCUUCCUGAGGAUGUGCUGGUCAGCAAAGCAGCUGCCCGUGCUGAACCCCAUCCUGCCCGACGUGGAGUACCUGGGUGACCAGCACCUGCUCCUCAGCAUCAAGGGCGUGGAGAGCUGCGAGUCGUACGGCGAGUGCUGCAUCGCGAUGCGAUCCAUGAUCGGCAGCAUGGCCCAGCAGUUUGAGACCUUCCUCUUCCACCACGGCGAGGAGACAGGCUCCAUGCGGGGCCGGAUGAAGGUCCGUGUCCCCAAGGACAGGCGCAGCACCCGCGAGAGGCUCUACGAGUGGAUCAGCUUUGAGGAGGAGGAGGAUGCUCCAGCAGAGGACUCCCCGCUGUGCCCCAAGCCGCUCCUCAGGAGCCGUCCCCGCAGCCUCCCAGAGGUGACCAGCAGCUACACCAACCCGGCCUACUUCAUCUUUGAGGGACUGCCUGCCACGUGGGCUUUGGGUGCUGACACACAGGAGGACAGCCCCGUGUGGGGUCCCCCCCAGGCACGGACCCCUUUGCCCUCACCCUGCAGGUCCCUGCUGAGCCCUCCUGGUGUGGGCAGGCAGAAGCGCCCCAAAUCGGCUGUCCUGGCGAGGGAUGUGCCGGAGGGUGGCGACUGCUCUCUGACAGUGCUGCACAUGGCCACCGACCUGAGCCAGUUGGACCGCAUGCUCCCCAGGGAUGAAGGGCAUGGCCACCAAAUGCUGCUGCACCAGAGCCACAGUGCCCCUCAGCCACCCCCACCACGCUGCCGGCGGGUGCCGGGGCAUGGAGUGAGCGCUUACCAGCAUGGCCACCACAGAGAGUGGUGCUGUGACAGGUCCUGCAGUGCUGGUGCUGGGCCAGGCCACGUUGGAUUGCAGCAGCGUGAGGAGGGGCUGUGUGCACAUGGCUGGGACGGCACUGAAGUCUUCAGGUACCCCCCAGCCCUGGAGCUGGCAGCAGCAGGCAUGGAGCAGGGCAGCACUGCUGUCCCCAGGGUCCCCAGUAGAGCCCUGCGCCUGGGGGAAGAUGAGAGGUGAACCCCUCCAUGCAGGGUACAGGAGGCUGGGGAGACAGACCCACUGUGUGUCCCCAUAUCUUCAUGGACACCCAGGGGGUCCCCACUUAUUGGCAAAAGGGUCUUUUGCUGUAUGUGCAGGGAUGGCACUGAGCAAGACGUGCUGGGAGCUGGGGUGCUCAGCCCUGCACACGUCCCUGCACCACGUAAAAGUGCAUGGGAGCCCCUUAGGGAGCCAGCAGCACUGAGCCCACCCCAAACCCAACACCUAAACCUGCGCAUAUGAGACUGGAGAUGUCCCAUAGUUGUUCCCUUGCCGACUCUGUUGGCAUCUCACCUGACCGUGGCCAGCACCCUGAUGUGGAGUGAGUGACUGCUGUGCCUCUGCUGGGAAGUCUCAUGAAGUUCCUAUGGACGUCAGAUGGAUGCUCUCAGGGCGUCACUGUGUGUUUCCAUGGCCCUCCUCAAAGCAAUGCAAAGACCUUGCUGAUCCCUACCAGCAGGAGGGGGCACAGGACACAUUGAGGCCCCUCAGGACAAAGGGACCGCUGGACUUUUGGUCCUUGAGGCCCUGCACACCCUGGCAGGGCAGUUCCCCAAGGAGCUGUGCAGCAGCUGCUCCUGAGGUUGCGUCCUUUGGGGUGCACUGCGCUGUUAUCACCCAGAAUAAAGUCUCAGGGUCUGGAA